UAUAUUUAUGCAAAAAUGUACACCAAAAUGCUUUCCAUAAGCGAGGAUCAAGGAUUUCGCUCACUGAGUCAUUCAGAUUCCACCGAAGGUGAUGCCACAGCUCAGGAUAUACUUACAUGUGGUGCCUGCCAAAAGACUUUUGCCCUCUCCGACAUAGUCAAAUUUAUACAGCACAAAGUUCUGCAAUGUAACAAGGAAAACUAUGGACAAUGUUCAAAUCAAGGUCCUUCGAACGAUAGAGCCGAUACCGAAGAUGGCAGGCCGCUAGGUGUUGUCAAUCGUAGGCCAUCGGUUUCGGCACCUAUUAAUGUACGCAAAACAACGGGUGGAUCCCGCAUUCAUACACCACCGCCAAGUCCAGCGGACAUGUUAGCCGACGGUGCCUCAAGUACACCCAAAAGACUAGUAGACGAAAAUGACAAUACCACACCCAUGGAUGCAACAGAAAAUACCAAAACCUCAACUUCGUCGACCGAGGAACUACCGACUAUAACCACAUCUAUCAAGCAGGAACUUGAUCGCGAUGAUUGUAAUACUGAAGCAGUUGAGUGUCACAAUAGCACCAACAAUGAUAACAUCAACGACAACGAUGACGAUUGCCAGCCAAAGACUAAACGCCCCAAAAUCGAGUUCAUCGAUGCUGAAUCAAAUACACUGCAAACAGAGCCCAGCAAUUACACAUGUUCAACGUGCAAUACGAGAUACAGCUCAGCCUGGCGUUUAAUUCAGCACGUACAGCAUUCACAUGGCGUCAAGAUCUACGUAGAAACAACACUGUUGGGAGAUGUUAGCCAGUCGUCGAGCGAUGGUAUGUCUGGUGGUCAGCAUGAACAGAACAACUUGAGCAGUAAUAGUUCAAAUAACAACAGUGCUAAUAAUUCCAUAUGUACUGCGUCACCCAUUGUAAAUAACAGCAACAACAACCAACAGCAAAUACAACAGCAGUUACAACAUAGAGCGGCUGCUGUGGCUGCUGCUGCCGCUGUGGCAGAACAGCAAAAACAGCAACAGCACCAAUCAAAUUUGACGGCUAUGCAAAAUGCUCAGAAUUUGGCGGCAGCUGCUGCAGCUGGUAUGCGCCAUCAUCCGUUAUUGCCACCACCGGAAAUGCAUUCUUCAAAUCCAUUCAAUUUGCUCAGAAUGCCUCUUCCGCCCGGACUUGGUCAGGCACAAGUAGUUCCUGGAGUCAAUCCUCUUUUUUCACGACCUCAUGCCGAACAUUAUCGCAUGGAACAACUAGUAUCUGAACAGUUCCGCCACCAUGGUCUGAAUUUAGCUGCGGCCGCGGUUGCUGCAGCCAAUUCCUUGGCCACUCCUCACACCCCAACGAACCAGUUCAAUCAAAGUUCCGCGGUGCCUACGGGAGGAGUUGUGGAACCACGACCACCAUCUUCAAAUAGUAGUCAACGCGGUUCAACAACUCCCGUUGCACUUCCUCUUAUACCCGGUCAGCAGAACUCAAACGCCGGAGUCCAAACUAAUAAUUCCAUGAACAUUGAGCCCCAAAUGGAUUUUUACUCGCAGCGAUUGCGUCAGCUUGCAGGAACAACGAGUCCUGGAGCUGGAAAUAUUGUUAACUCGAGCUCGCCGAGUCCACGACAAAAGCAAUCGCCGCAUUUUGCGAGCCCAUCUCCCUCUCAUCAACUUCCUCCCACUCCAGUCACAAAUAAUACUCGUCCACAUUCAUUGACCCCUCCCGAGAAGAGUGAAACAUUAACUGGAGAAAAUGGUGCACUCAUCAACAGUACGCCCCGAUCAGCGUCAACACCCCCGACUAAGCCCAGCCAGGAAUCAGCAGCAAAUGUGUCGGUCUUCACAUGUUCGUUUUGCGAUAAGAAAUUCCGUUUCGAAAACAGUCUUAUUAUCCACCAGCGCACACACACCGGCGAGAAGCCAUACAAGUGUACAGCAUGUGAAUUUGAAUGCUCACAUAUUCAAAAGCUCAUGAAGCAUAUGCGUGUACAUCGAAGUCCUGCCGAGGACGGACAUAGUAAUGCUGAAUCCGCAGAAACUAAUGAAGGAGAGUCAGAUGUCGAGCAGGAUACCGAGGAAAAUGUUGACGAAGACGCCAUGGAAGAGGAUGACGAGGAUUUGGAAGACCAGGAUCAGGAUGAAAUUGACUAUGAAGCAGAAGAUCUAAGUGUCAGCAACAACCGAAUGGAUUUAAAGAGUGACAGUCCAAAGGGAUCGACUGGUCCCACGUCAUUAGUUGGUGAACUAAUGGACAAGUUUGGAUUGUCGAACAUUGCACAAUACUCGGAGGCAUACAAACAAGCUCUACAAGAAUCCGGCAAUUACAAACACAUUUCCAAAGACAUCGACAAUAAUAAUGCCACCAGUUCACCAAUGCACCAAAUGAAUGACAAAAUGAAUGGAUUCCCCGCAGCAUUGCGUUUACGCGAAGAAUUUGCCAAAAACAUGUUUCAAAAGCCAGUCCAACAAGAUGGGAGCUCACAGGCCUCACAAGUUCCCAUCUUUAAUCCCUUCCAAAACCCUUUUGAAAUUUCGAAACGCAUGAAAAUGGACGGCAAUGACUGGUGGAACAUGCAGGCCCUACAUCGCAAUGACGCACUGUUUGAGAAUUUAAAACUGAAACCACUAGGUUUGGGUUCGGCGAAUUCUUUACUGGCUCAGAAUUCUCUAAUGAAAAAAGAAAGUAGGCAACGUAACGACACCUGUGAAUUCUGCGGUAAGGUCUUCAAAAACUGUUCAAAUCUCACCGUACAUCGCCGAAGCCACACAGGCGAGAAGCCAUACAAAUGUGAGCUUUGCUCUUAUGCUUGCGCCCAAAGUUCCAAGCUGACACGUCACAUGAAGACACAUGGUCGCAUGGGCAAGGAUGUGUACCGCUGUCGUUUCUGUGAUAUGCCUUUCAGUGUUCCCUCCACGUUGGAGAAACACAUGCGCAAAUGUGUGGUUAACCAGGGAAAAGUGGCCGCAGCAAAUGCUGCGAACGCCGUCGCCGCAGCCCAGGCUGCAGCAGCCGUACAACUACAAAAUCAUUUGCCCAAUACUCAGCAACUAUCACCGCCGAGCAACGCUUCCUACCCACCACAGUUCAGUCUAGGUCCCGGCUCCAUGUCCCUCCCCAGCAGUAUUGGCGACAACGAUUCGAACGCGUCGACAAGUCUUUCAUCACAACACGCCAUUUCACUGAAACACGAGGCAUGACUUUACUCAAACUGGAACAACACGACCAGUUGCUUCAAUUCGCCCAAUGCAGUUCUUCCGCCACGGCCACCGCACCAGCAAGAACAAUCGCAUCACCUACUAACGCAUGCUCAGCA